UUUGAGUAUUUGUCUAUGUGAUGAGAUCAGUGUCAGAUGGCAUAACCGGUUUUGGAAAAUUCUAACGAAACGCGCUAUCCUUUUUUGUCAUUUUGCGUGCUGCCUUCUCUAAAACUGCGGGAGUCCUGUUUUAUUGGCGGCGUGAACCUCGGAAUCAGAUCAAAGCAAUGGCAGCGAAGCAAGUAGAGGGCUUGAGCUUGGAGCAGAGGCACGGCAAGGACCGUGUCCGGGUCGCCAGGGUCUGGCGGAACACACCCGACGGACGACAUGUCGUCGUCGAAUGGAGCGUCAGCAUCAGCCUCCUCUCUGACUGCCUCGCCGCUUAUACCCGCGACGACAACUCCGAUAUCGUCGCCACCGACACCAUGAAGAACACCGUGUAUGCUAAGGCGAAGGAGUGUGUGGAGCAAGUUUCGGUGGAGGAUUUCGCAAUUCUACUUGCGAAACACUUCACAUCUCUUUACCAGCAGGUCACGUGUGCCAUUGUUAACAUUGUGGAGAAGCCAUGGGAGCGUGUAUCUGUAAAUGGUGAACCUCAUGAACAUGGUUUCAAAUUGGGAUCGGAGAGGCACACAACAGAAGUAAUUUUGGAGAAGUCUGGUGCAUUAAGGGUGACAUCUGGUAUUGAAAGACUAGCUGUAUUGAAGACAACAAAGUCCGGUUUUGAGGGGUUCAUUAGGGACAAAUACACAGCUCUUCCUGACACACGAGAGAGGAUUCUGGCUACAGAAAUCACUGCAUCAUGGAGGUAUCCAUAUGAAUCUGUUAUUAGCAUCCCUCAAAAGCCACUAUACUUCACGGAAAAAUACUUGAAUGUGAAAAAAGUUCUGAUCGACACUUUCUAUGGUCCUCCGAAAGAAGGAAAAUACAGCCCAUCUGUGCAAAGCACUCUCUAUGAUAUGGCAAAGACUGUACUCAAGAGUAUUCCUGACAUAACAGCAGUUCAAUUGAAAAUGCCAAAUCUCCAUUUCUUACCUGUUAACAUCUCAAGCAAGGAUGGUCCUAUUGUGAAGUUUGACGAUGAUGUUUAUCUGCCAACAGAUGAACCACAUGGAUCAAUACAAGCUACCUUAAGCCGUUUAUGGUCAAAGAUGUAGUGGUGAAUCUGUUGUCCGCUUGUCUGUUUGAAGCCGUGAAAUAUCAACUUGAUUGAAUUAACUCUACUCGACUGUCAAUUCUAGCAGUUUGCAUAUUUUUCCUAAUAUCAAAGUAUACCCUGAAGUGAAGAAAUUUCAGUGUAAAUAGAACUAUGAAUGGGGAUAUGAUGAAUAAAGUGUUGAAUAAACUGUUUGUUCCAUACAGGGCCACGACAUAAAUCAUCACUAAUAAUAUAGUAAUUUGU